AAACUUAUUAAAUAGUUGAGUCAUGGGUAAAAGCGGGGACGAGGUGGUGUUGGUGGGGGCAAUCGACCAGGGUACGAGCAGUUCCCGCUUCCUCGUGUUCACUCUCGAUGCUCUCAAGAAGGGAGAGGGGCCAGUGUGUAGUUCGAAUGUGGAACUAAAAGUGCAAUACCCUGAACCCGGCUGGGCGGAGUCGGACGCCGAGAAGAUCUACGAGUCAGUUGUGGAAUCCAUAGAGGAAGUGAGCCUUCAGCUAGAAAAUUUGGGUCACAAUCUAAACCAGCUAUCAUGCGUGGGAGUCACAAACCAAAGAGAAACUACUCUAGUGUGGAACCGGAAAACAGGCGAAGCAUACGCACCCGCAAUCAGCUGGCAAGAUGGCAGAUCUCGAGACAUAAUAGAGCACUUCAAGCAGAGAGAGGUUCAGGCCGAAAUCAGAGAUUCGCUUCUAGACGGGGGAAACAUACAUGGGAAAACAGGAUUGGUGAUGAGUGAAUAUUCGUGCUGCUCUAAAUUAGCAUGGCUCUUGAAACACAACGAAAAGCUAAAAAAUGAUCUGGAAAAUGAGAGCGAAAAAGGAAACGUUCUAUUUGGAACUGUUGACGUUUGGCUACUAUGGAAACUUACUAAAGGUAGAGAGUUUUCAACAGAUGUAUCGAAUGCAAGCCGGACCAACUUCAUGUCUCUGCACACCUUGGAUUGGGAUGCCAAAAUUAUCGAGUUCUUUCAGAUCCACCCUAACAUCUCCUUUCCAGUCAUCAAGAGCAACUCGGAGGAUUUCGGAACCAUCUCGUCAAUCAAAACGCUAGAGGGUGUGCCUAUAACUGGAUGCAUGGGCGAUCAACAUGCCUCGCUCGUCGGUCAUCAUUGCUUUGAAGUUGGACAAACAAAGAACACGUAUGGAACCGGUCUGUUCUUGCUAACAAAUAUUGGAAAUGAGUUGAAGUUUUCGAAGAAGGGAGUUCUGACUACAAUUGGGUACCAGUUCGGAAAGAAUGAGAAGCCGUGUUUUGCAAUGGAGGGAGCAAUUGCUUCUGGGGGCUCGGCAAUCCGAUGGCUGAGAGAUAGUCUUGGCUUGAUCUCCUCAACUGACGAGGUAGAGUGGGUGGCUUCCCAGGUGGAGGACAGUGGGGGAGUGUACUUUGUGCCGGCAUUCUCUGGUCUGUUCACGCCCUACUGGGACUCCACUGCCAGGGCCAUCAUCUGUGGCAUGAGUCACACCUCCAACAGACGCCAUAUCGCUCGUGCUGUGUUGGAUUCUUUGUGCUACCAAACACGAGAUGUUUUGGAUACCAUCAGUGAAGACAGUGGUCUGCGUCUUCAGGAACUGAGAGUGGACGGGGGUGCCAGUCUGAACAACCUCCUCAUGCAAACUCAAGCUAAUAUCCUCAACAUGCCAAUCAUAAGGCCUGCCAGCGUGGAGCUAACUGCAUACGGAGCAGCGCUAGCUGCCGCAUUUGGUGCUCAACUUAUGAAAAGCAUAGCUGAUGUUAAAAUCAGUGAAAGAAAAACGGUUUUCAGUCCAAAAAUUGACCAAGAUGCUUGCGAUAAAAUGUAUGAGUUAUGGAAGAAAGCUGUAAAUAAAAGCCAAAAUUGGUUGUAAUAAAUGCACAUAAGUUUUUCUAUUGUCUCUAUCCUGUGGUAACCUUGUAGAUUUUUUCUAUAAAGAAAUUUAUUCGUCUCUCUGAAAUUACAAAACGUGCCCAAUUUACCUUUACCGGAUUCUUAAAUUUUCAAUUGCUAUUGUGUAAUAUUGCAACUAGUGUCUUUCCUAUUGUAUCAUCAAACUUGGUGCUAUGGUUCUCUUUGCAUGUGUACAAAUACUCUCUUUUGUAAUUUUCUUAAGUAUUGUAGAACUAACAGAAAAGAAAAAUGCACUCAUAAUAA